AAACAGGCAUUUCAUUCAUGCCUCCUGAAUCUAAAAUGGUCAGUAUUUUCCUAAUUUUCCAGAGCUACCAGAGGUUAAGUGACUUCUACAGCCGUAAUAAAGCCAAUGGCAAGACUGAGACCAAUAUCCUUAUCUCCUGACUACCAGGAAAAUUUUCUAUUGUAUCAGACCACCAGAUUGCCCAGUGUGGUCUUCUGGACUUCAGAAAGUUGUUCAAGAAUGAACCAAGAUUAAAUAUUCAUUAUUUUAAGAGUUUGUAUGAUCACCAAACAGGAAAAUAUCACAUGCUACCUAAUCCAUUGACGGCCUAUCAAAAAUCAUAUGUUAAACGUUAAAUGUCUGACUGUAUUUAGUGCAGUGUGAGAUGUACUGAGAGCAGACAUCCCUGAGACUGAAGUAAGGUGGAAGAAAAUAAGAUUGAAAACGUUAAGCCACUGUUUGGUUUCAGCAAAUAAUGUCUACACAUUCCACGACAUUGUUAGGCUUCAGUGAAUUUUCAGUGGAGAUAGAUAAUAGAGAGUUAAAUCCAUUAGUGAGUGUCGAUAAUGCAGUUUUGCUAAGGGAUAAUAGACUUUUAGAGAUGGAAAAAGUAAAAGGGUUCUCACGGUAUGAUUGCUGGAGCAGCAACCUGGUAUGUCCUUGUUAAAAAUGCAAUUUCUCUGAUCCCCACUGAAUCAGAAACUAGGCACUGGGCCAGCAAUCUGUGUGUAAUAAGCUCUUCUGGUGAUUCCGAUGGGAACCGUUGGUCUAGUAAGCCCAGUGCUUUAAAGAGAAGGAAACAGGCACAGAGAAGACGUCUGUGUCCCAACCCAUCAGUGCAUUCCUAUGACCAAACAACCAGACCGAGUAACGGAGAAUUGGUGAGUGUGGUGAAUAUGGUAAAUGGAAACAAUAGAGCUCAUGUCACAUGUACUGCUGUAUCUUGCUUCUCAAGGGUUGUGGUGAGGACAUAGUAGAUGCUUACAAAAACAAAUAGGUUGAAUUUUUAAAAUCAAUCUAGAGAGAUUUCACAGAAAAGUGGAAUUUCUUGGAUUUUGGAACUCAGUUUCACCAAAACUGUUGAGAGUUGUAAUUCAUUUUUAUCACUGCCAACGAUCUUUAGUUUGUUGCUCUCCCAAGUAAGUACAAACUUGUUCUCUUCCAGAAUGCACUACAUAGUUACAUCCUUAGGAUAAAUGUAUAGGCUAAUUUGUAAUGAAUUCUACUGAAUAUAAAAUGACCCACUAUAUAAAUUUUCAUUUGCAUAUGUUUUAUAAAUUCAUCAUCCACUGAGCAAUCCCUCCUCAAAAAUAUCUUCUGCUCCUGUGACUCGACUCUUGAGUUUCCUUCUUUAAAUCUCUGACUACUUCUUGGCCUCGUUUGCAGUGUCCCCUUCCUCUGCCCACAUCUGAUGUUCGGCUUCUCUGGGGUUCCAUCUUGGGCCCCAUUUUCCAUAGAUGAUCUCACUCACUCCCCUCCCCCAUUUGUAAGCUGGUAGCUCUCAGAUUGUUAGGUAAACUCAGAUCUCUCCUGAACAGCAGAAUGGUUCAUCUGCCUCCUAACUGAUCUAUUUCCUGCAUUCCUCCAGUGCAUUAAAUUCCUUCAGUGUCACCAGAAUAUUUUUGUUUUUAAUUUCUAAUAGCACGUACUUUAGAAAAAUAAGAAAAUAUGAACAAGAAUUAACAUUAAAUAUGGGAAAGGAGACGCUAUAAAACACCACAAGGAGCAGUCAAAGCAAUCUAGAACGUGAGACAUUCUAUAGGACAAAUGACUGGCUUUCCUCAACAAAUGGUGUAAGCAUUGAGGAAAAGGGAGGGACCAUUCUAGAUUAAGAGAAUUCAAGAGAUAUAACUCUAUGCAAUGUAUGGCUCUUGUUUGAAUCCUGACUUCAAACUAGCCAUGCAAAUUUUGAAACAGUUGGGGGAAUUUUAAUAUGAAAUGACUAUUAGUACUAAGUUUUCAUAGUAGUAAGAAUGACAUUACAGUUAUGUAAAAAAGGCCAUAUGUUAGAAAUGCAUCUUGGUAUAUAAAUAAGAUUGACAAAAUAUUAGUAAUUGCAGCUGGGUAUUAUUCUUUCUACUUUUGUAUACAUUUGAAAUUUUUCAUCAUAAAAAAUUAAAAUGAAAUGGCAGGUCAACUAAAAAGGAAAAAAUAGGAAUAAGAAAAAAAAGUCCUACCAUCCUGGGAAUGCUUGUUUACAGAACCAGAGGGCUAUCUGGUAAAAGUCCUUGACUCUGGCCAUCAAUCCUGGCAGCAAAUCUGAGUUUAUCUCACGCACACGUCCUCUGUUUCUCUGCAACACAUAUGAAGCACUCAGAUGGUCUCUCAGGGACAGGAAACUGCAGGGUUUUGUUUUUUCUGUUAAGAGCACCAACUCCUUAACUGCAAUGAGACGGUUCCUCAGUCCCAGAUGCAUCCAUUGCUGCCAUCAAAUUGCAACUUAAUAAGCUAAAAAUGGUCAGAUCGCCUGUGUUCUGCUAUCAUCUGCUAGUGAUAAAGUAGCUAACUAUAAAUUUAGAUCAACAGAAACCCCUUGCUAGAGCUUUCCACUCUAGAGCACUGUAAACUCUGUGCUUGCAGGAACACUUUUACCUUUAGUCACUGUCAAAGACCAGAGACAGCAUGGCACUUGGCCCCUAGUAAGCACUAAUGUUUAAUUGAACUGAAACCCUUAGAAGAAAGGGGCCACCCCAAUUUGGAUGCCACUUAGCAUAGGAAAAAAAUGUGACAAGAGAUUAAGAAGACACAUUUGUGAACUACUUCCUAAUACAAAUAUCCCUUCCCUAGUCACUAGAAAUGUGGCUAUAGGACAAGAAAUAUAAAUAGUGUACGAAUGAUAGAAGCCCAAAGCAUCAGAUCAAGGUAAGAGUAGGAAACUUUGAUAUCAUUCAGAUCCUGGUUUAAUAUAGUAUUUAAAAACACAAUCUUUCGGGGGACCUGGCUGGUUCAGUUAGUAGAGCAUGCAACUCUUGAUCUCAGGGUCAUGAGUUCAAGCCCCAUGUUGGGCAUGAAACCGACUUAAAAAAAAAAACAAAAAAACGGUGGCUUAGUCAGUUAAGUGUCAGACUUGAUUUCAGCUCAGGUCCUGAUCUCAUGAUUCAUGAAAUUGAGCCCCACGUUGGGCUCAGCGCUGACAGCACAAAGCCUGCUUGGGAUUCUUUUUCUCCCUCUCUCUCUGCCCCUUCCCCCCGCCCCCCGCCAAAUAAAUAAAUAAACAUUGUUUUAAAUGGUAAAAAAAAUAAAAUAAAAACUUGUCCUCUACCCUUCUCUUUCUCCUCCCUUUACCUUAUCUCCCAUACUAGUGCUUGCCAAGUCCCAGGUGUCCACACACUGUAGAACGUCAGGGAGCUGGCAGACUCUGGACCUGUAAUUACCAAAGGUUGUCUGGGGACACAUAAUAUGCAGGUCCCUUCAUUUUGCCUCUUUUGUCUAAAAAUGAAAUUCUAGUAAGCGUCACUUUCGGUGUUGUUACUUUUAAUGAGUGAGUCAUUCCGAAUUUGAAGCCUCUACCUCUUCGUGUGAGAAUUAGUAAAAUAAGGAACACUAAACCAUUUUAAUUUGGAACAGAAAGACACUAUGAAAACUGAGGUGUUGCUGCUGGAAUUGGUAAAAACACAACUUAAACCUUCUUUUUAGGAAGUUUUGAGACCAAAGACCAUAAUAAAGCACACUUAGGAGCUUGCUUCAAAAAAAUGUUGUCCCUAAUCCACACGUCUCCUUACUACUUUUUAGUGUGCUUUUAUAAACUCCUUCACCAUCUGACCAAGACGUUUCCUAAUGACCAGUGCCAACAAUUUGGCUUUAUCCCAUUCUCAUUUCAUAAGCAAUGAAUGGUACGGCUGCAACACCAUGAAAUUAAUUCCUAGAAGUCACAAAACAAGAUUUUGACACAAGGGGAUGUCCCUCACUUAGCGUUCCCUUCUGGAUAAGAUACCGGAGGCCUUGGUGCAGGGAAUUCUUGAGAGAAAACAAUAGGAGGAUGAGGGAUUGUGACGGGCUUUCUCCCCCACUGAAGAAAAACAUCAAUAACCCUGUUGACAGCGUAAAGCAGUGCUUCUAUCUGGGGUCAAGGCCAGAACAAUGGACACCUUAUCCCACUCAUCCUCUUCCUCUGAUAAAGCCCCAACCAGUACUGUAAAGUCUUUUUUGGUAAGAGCCUAGUGACCUUUUUCAAAAACUGCUUGAAAAAGAAGAGACGAAGGACAACUGGAAUUAAGAGGAUUUCCAGUCUGUUGCGGUGGCUGGUCUAGAAGAUGUCUCAAUUCCUGCUUCUCACCUGCGUCUUUCUCACCAUCACACCUGCAUCACCAAUGGCCCUAGAUCCCUGCUCUGCUUACAUCAGUUUGAAUGAGCCAUGGAGGAACACCGACCACCAGUUCGAUGAGUCUCAAGGCGCCCCUCUAUGUGACAACCAUGUGGAUGGGGAGUGGUAUCGCUUCACAGGCAUGGCAGGGGAUGCCAUGCCCACCUUCUGCAUACCUGAAAACCAUUGUGGAACCCAUGCACCUGUCUGGCUCAAUGGUAGCCACCCUCUAGAAGGUGAUGGCAUCGUGCAACGCCAGGCCUGCGCAAGCUUCAGUGGGAACUGCUGCCUCUGGAACACCACGGUGGAGGUCAAGGCUUGUCCGGGUGGCUACUAUGUAUAUCGUCUGACCAAGCCCAGUGUCUGCUUUCAUGCCUACUGUGGUCAUUUUUAUGACAUCUGUGAUGAGGACUGCCACGGCAGCUGCUUGGACACCAGUGAAUGCACGUGCUCUCCGGGAACUGUGCUAGGCCCUGACAGGCAGACAUGCUUCGAUGAAAAUGAAUGUGAGCAAAACAAUGGUGGCUGCAGUGAGAUCUGUGUAAAUCUGAAAAAUUCAUAUCGCUGUGACUGUGGGGUUGGCCGUGUGCUAAGAAGUGAUGGCAAGACGUGUGAAGACAUUGAAGGAUGCCACAAUAACAAUGGUGGCUGCAGCCAUCUUUGCCUGGUGUCUGAGAAGGGCUAUCAGUGUGAAUGUCCCCGGGGCUUGGUGCUGUCUGAGGAUAACCACACAUGCCAAGUCCCCGUGUUGUGCAGGUCAAAUACCAUUGAAGUGAGCAUCCCCAGGGACCUGGUUGGCGGUCUGGAGCUCUUCCUGACCAACACCUCCUGCCGAGGAGUGUCCAACGGCACCCACGUCAACAUCCUCUUCUCCCUCAAGACGUGUGGCACAGUGGUCAAUGUGGUAAAUGACAAGAUCGUGGCAAGCAACCUUGUGACAGGUCUACCCAAGCAGACCCCAGGGAGCAGCGGAGACAUCAUCAUCCGAACCAGCAAACUGCUGAUCCCAGUGACCUGCGAGUUUCCACGCCUGUACACCAUUUCGGAAGGCUACGUUCCUAACCUUCGAAAUACCCCACUGGAAAUCAUGGGCCGCAGUCAUGGAAUCUUCCCAUUCACUCUGGAGAUCUUCAAGGACAAUGAGUUUGAAGAGCCUUACCGAGAAGCUUUGCCCACCCUCAAGCUUCGAGACUCCCUCUACUUUGGCAUUGAGCCUGUCGUGCACGUGAAUGGCUUAGAAAGCCUAGUGGAGAGCUGCUUUGCCACCCCCACCUCCAAGAUCGAUGAGAUCCUGAAGUACUACCUCAUCCAGGAUGGCUGUGUUUCAGAUGACUCAGUGAAGCAGUACACAUCACGAGACCACUUAGCAAAGCACUUUCAGGUUCCGGUCUUCAAGUUUGUGGGCAAAGAUCACAAGGAAGUGUUUCUGCACUGCCAGGUCCUUGUCUGUGGAAGGCUGGACGAGCAUUCUCGCUGUGCUCAGGGCUGCCACCGGCGAAUGCGUCGUGAGGCAGUAGAGGGAGAGGAUACAGCUGGUCUGCAGAGCCAGAUGCUGACUGGCGGCCCGAUCAGCAUCGACUGGGAGGACUAGGACCACCCAACACCCGAGUGCUGGCUUUGGGCCACCCACCUCUUUGGAACUUCUCCCUACGCCCUCUGAGAGCACCAAUCAACACCCUAGAACAUGGCGCUUCUUUGAACCUUAUACUGUGGGUUUAGACAGACUCCCGGAACUGACUCAUUCUGACUCCGGCUGCUGGGUCAGGAAAGGCCACCUCACUGCUGACUGAUCCAACCCAUGGGCUUCAUCUUCCCAACGUCGAAAGCUAUGCUGUCCCUGCAAGAAAGCAGCUCACCCUGCUCCCCACAUUUCCUUCCUACAAUAAAACACCUCGUGUAGGAUGCAAUAGGACCACUAAAAUCAAAAGUCGGGCAUGCUCUUCUGAAGUAUAAACUUAAAACAAAUUAAAUGGUUGCUCGAAAUUAUGACCUAAAUACCCAGCAACUCCUUAAAUAUGUAAAUAAUAAUCAUUCCCUGAAAUUUCAACUCAAACGCAGAGUAGUUAUAGAAGAUUCGGAAGUUUAUCAGUAUAAGUGUGUACUAAAAAAUAUUAUUUGAUUUUCCUCUUGCACAGUGUUUUCUUUUGAUAUUUUUAUAUUACGUGAAAUGUUUUCAAUUAAUAAAUAUUAAUAAAUGUAUCGACAUGCAUUUAAGUGGUUCAAUGACUGAACUGUAGACAAAAUUAAAAUUUGGUACCAUAUGUCCUGUUAUUUGGCAUUCUAAGCCCUCAGACUGAUAUGGCAAUUAAAAAAAGGUGUAAAUUAUACCAUGCUCUAUUUUGUAGGUAGGUGCUUAAUACAGUUUAUUGAAGUAAAUAUUAUAAAUCACAGAGAUAAAUUUUAUAUGCAAUGAAAUCCAAUUUCUUAAUAUGCCAAUUAUUUUUAUGGCUUUACAUAAGAUCAGGAAACAGUUUUUCUUCUUUUGCUUUUUUGAAAUGGCUAUAAUCAACAGUUCUUAAUGCAACCAGUAAAAUUAACAAACGGAAGUGAAAGGACAGAAUGACCUAGAUCAAGAAUUGGCCAGCUUUUUUUGUCAAGAGCCAAAUGGUAAACAUUUUAGGCUUUCUGGCUAUACAGUCUGUCACAACUGUUCAACUCUGAGGUUGUAGCACAGGAGUGACCAUAAACAAAUGAGAAUAUGGUUGUGUUCCAAUAAAACGCCACAGAAGCAGUGUUAGACCUGAUUUGGCCCAUGAGUUUCAUUUGCUGAUCCCUGAUCUUAGUGGACCUCAGCCCUCCCAGUGCAUCAAGAUCAGGUGGGGAGCACUCAUAAAACACCUAUAGGUAGAUACCACCCCCAGAGGGUUUCUGCUUUUUAAUACUCCUUUGGUGAUUCUAAUCUGUAGUCAGUAUUGAGAACCAGAGUUUAGCAACUGACCAUUUGUGUGUCCUCAGAUUUCAGGGACUUCACCUAGCUAUCUUCAGCGGCAAUUUUUACGAAAUGCUUCUCAGAUCCUACCAUGACACUAACACCACUUAGUAACUGGGAAUAUCAACAGGAAUAAUUCACUGAAGGAAAAAAAUGGAACCUCAGAGACCUAACUCCAUCUGACCUCCACCUCCACUGGUCUUCACCAAGUAAGUCUCUGACCUUUCCCACUUGUUCUUAUCUCUCCAGCACCAGUGGGAAUGAUUGUUAUCAUUGGUGGAACUUACCAGGUUGGGUUCUGUUCUCUUCUAAGUGAAAUGGAAGCACAUUGGUGAUAAUGGAAUUCAUUCAUCUCUUUUCAUAUUUCCUAAAAAGAACACUUUAUUAAAUGUGAGAUGCUUACUGGCAACUGAAACAUGAAUCAGAGGAAAGUCCUUGCCUCCCAAAUGGUUGGAUGCUGCAAAAUUUCACUUAUGAAUAUAAUUACCAAGUCCGAGAAUCCCAAUAUUUUAGUCUUUAUUUUAGUCUUUAAACUAAGAACUGAAUUGCCAGGCAAAUGUUUCUUGGUUGGGGAGACCAUUGGUAAAAUAAAGAGUAGUCUUCAAAUCACUCCAUGUUUUUUUUCCAGUUCUCCCAAAGGAUGGGACUCAUGUUUCAGCUGUAGAACAAUAUUUCCUUUCUCUUGCUUUGUGUUAUCCAAACAUUUGGAAGCAAGGAUGAGACACAUCUGCCACACUACCAUCUCUGAGACUGACAGCUGUGGCAUCACUCAAAACCAGGAAGGGAUCACCUCUUUCUCAUAACUCUUCUUUCUCCUCUUCUGCACAGAUGCAGGCUGCCCUUUGGCUAUUCAUGAAAGGUCGGCAGCCCAAGGUCCAUACGGUAUUGAACACAGUAUCAGCCAGAGAAUCACAGGCUACUUGAAAAGGAUGAAGAGGAAAAAAAAAAAGAAAAGAAAAAAAUGAAGAGAAAUAAAAGGUUAAUGUACAAGACUAUCCCAAGUAGUUUGAGUAAUUUUAAAAACGAAUGCAAUUCCAAGCAUGACAUGAUACCCAGAGGAAAAUAAAAGCAGUGAUCCAAAUACAUAAUUAAAAAGAACAUACACUUAAGAGAAACUUAAUAAGCUUCCAUCCAAUCUAAUUAAGCAGAAUAUACUUUGAGGUGCCCUUCUUUUAUGGGCCUCUAGGUUAAAAUCACAUUUAGCAAUCAGAAUCUCCUAUAUCACUAUGCACACUCCAUGGAAAAUCUACCAUUUUUGCAGAAUACUCCCUCAGAUAACUGUACUACGUUUUCUGUAGCUUUCUCUGUUUAAGUGUGGGAUGAAUAACAAUUCACUCAUUAAGAAAAACAUAUGUGUUGGUCAGCCAUUCUGUUAGCCAUCAGGGAUGCAAAGACCAAAGAGAUCCCAACUAAAGUACUCACAGUUUGGACAAAGAGGUCGACAGGAUGGACAGGUAAACUAAUGGUUACACUACACUGUGAUGGAAGUAAUAUCAUGGUGGUAUGGGAACCCACACAAGAAAAGUCUAUCCCUUUGGGGUAAAGGUUAUUAUGAAAGGCAUCUCAGAACACCUUCCAUUAGAAUUUUGAUAAGAAUUGUAUUGAAUCUGUAGAUUGUUUUGGGUAGUAUGACCCUUUUCAAUGCACAAGUCUUUCACCUCCUUGGUCAAAUUAAUUCCUGGGUAUUUUAUUCUUGAUGAUGCAAUUGUAAAUGAUAAUUUUUCUUAAAUCAUCUUUCUGAUAAUUCAUUAUUAGUGUAUAGAAAUGAAAUUGUAUUUUGUAUAUUGACUUUGCAUACUGUGACUUUACUGAAUUUAUUAGUUCUAAUAGGUUUAUGUUUUUCUUUGUGGAGACUUUAGGGUUUUCCAUAUAUGAUAUCAUGUCAUCUGCAAAUAGUGGUAGUUUUACAUCUUUGAUUCCAAUUUGGAUGUCUUUUAUUUCUUCUUUUUGCCUAAUUGCUCUGGUUAGAACUUCCAAUACUAUGUUAAAUAAAAGUGGUGAAAGUUGGCAUCCUUGUCUUGUUCCUGAUCUUAGAGAAAAAGCUUUCAGCUUUUCUCCAUUGAGUAUGAUGUUAGCUGUGCGCUUGUCACAUAUGGCCUCUAUUAUGUUGAGAUAUGUUCCCUUUAUACCUACUGUGUUGAGAGGUUUUUUUCACAAAUGAAUGUUGAAUUUUGUUAAUGCUUUUUCUGCAUCUAUUGAGAGGAUCAUACAAUAUUUAUCCUUCAUUUUGUUAAUGUGCUGUAUCGCAUUGUCUGAUUUGCCGAUGUUGAACAAUUCUUGCUUCCCUUGAAUAAAGCCCACUUGAUCAUGAUGUAUGAUCCUUUUAAUAUUAUUGAAUUGAAUUAGGUUUGCUAAUAUUCUGUUGAGGAUUUUUGCGUCUAUAUUCAUCAGAAAUUUAUCUGUAGUAUUUUUUUCUUAUGGCGUCCUUGUCUAGUUUUGGUAUCAAAAUAAUACUGGCCUCAUAAAGUAAGUUUGGAAGUGCUCCCUUCUCUUCAAUUUUUGGAAGAAUUUGAGGAUUGGUGUUAAUUCUUCCUUAAAUGUUGAAGUCAUUUUAAUGGAUGCUUAAUUCUUCUUGAAAUGUUGAAACCAUUUAAAUGGAUGAUUAAUUUCUCUUUAAAUGUUGAAGCCACUUAGUCCAUUUUGGGGUGCCUGGGUGGCUCAGUCAGUUAAGCAUCUAACUCUUGAUUUCAGCUCAGGUCAUGAUCUCAUGGUUGUGAGAUCAAGCCCUGUGUUGGGCUCUGUGCUGAGCAUGGAGCCUGCUUGGAAUUCUCUCUCUCUCUCUCUCUCUCUCUCUCUCUCUCUCUCCCUCUGCCCCUCUCCCCCACUUGUAUUCUUUCUCAAAAAAAAAGUUGAAAAAUAAAAGUCUAUCUUGCUCUGGACUUUCAUUUGUUGAGAGAUCUUUGAUUGCUGAUUCUAUCACUUUACUAAUAAUCAGUCUGUUCAGAUUCUAUUUUUCAUUAUUCAGUUUCAGUAAGAACUGAAUGUUCCUAGGAACUACAUGUUUCUAGGAAUUUACCCAUUUCUCCUCAGUUGUCCAAUUUAUUAGCAUAUAAUUAUUCAUAGUAGUCUUUUGUGAUCCUUUGUAUUUCUGUGGUAUCAGUUGUAAUGUCUCCUCUUCUAUUUCUGAUUUUAUUUAUUUGAGUCCUCUCAAAUUAGCUUUUAAUUAGUCUAGCUACAGGUUUGUCUAUUUUCUUCAUCUUUAAAAAAAACAAAACAAAACAGCUCCUGUUUCAUUUAUCUUUUCUAUUGUUAUUUUAGUCUUAGUUUCAUUUAUUUCUGCUCUGAUCUUUGUUAUUCACUUUCUUCUACUAACUUUGGGCUCCGAUGUUUUUCUUUUUCGAGUUCCUUGAGGUGUAAAGUUGAGCUAUGUAUUCAAGAUCUUUUUGAUGUAGGCAUUUACUGCUAUGAAUUUCCCUCUUAGAACUGCUUUUGCUGCAUCUCAUAAGUUUAGGUAUGUUGUAUUUCCAUUUUCAUUUGUCUCAAUGUUUCUUUAUUUCUCUUUUGAUUUCUUCUUCAACCCAUUGGUUGUUUAGUACCAUUUGUUUAUUUGCUCUUGACAUUGCUCUCAACACUUCUAUUCAAUAUUGUACUGGAACCCCUAGACAGGACAAUUGGCAAGAGGAAUAUGUAAAAGGUAUCCAAAUUGGAAAGGAAGAUGAUAUGUAAAUGGCAUUAUCUUAUGUAUAGAAAAGCCCAAGGAAUCCACUAAAAUCUAUUAAAAUUAAUAAGUGAGUUCAGCAAGGUUGCAGGAUAAUAGAUCAGUAUACAAAAUCAGUUUAUUUCUGUACAUUAUCAAUGAAUAAUCUGAAAACAAAAUUAAGAUAAUACUUUCAUUUAUAAUAACAAAAAAACAAAUAAAGUACUUAAUUUAAACAAAAGAAGUGUAAGACUUGUGUUCUGUAAAUUAGAAGACACUGUGAAAGAAAUUAAAGACAAUCCAAAUAAAUGGAAAUACAUUCAUGUUCAUUGAUCAGGAAACAUAAUUUUGUUAGAUGGUAACAUGUCUCAAAUUGAUCUCCGGAUUUAACAAAAGCUGUACCAAAUUUCUAACUGCCAUUUCUUGCAGAAAUUGACAAGCUGAACCUAAAAUUCAUAAGAAAAUUCAAGGGACCUAGAAUAUCCAAAACAAUCUUGAGAAAGAAGAACAAAGUUGAAGAUUGCUUCCUGAUUUCAAAGUUUACUACAAAACCAUAAUAAUAAAUACCAUGUGCCACUGGCAUAGAUCAAUGAAAUAGAAUUGAAAAUCUAGAAAUAAAUACUGCAUUCCUGUUCAACUGAUUUUUGAUAAGGGUGCAAAAACAACUGAGUAUGAGAAACGUCUUUCAACAAUAUGCAGGAACAUUUGUAUAUCCACAUACAAAAGAAUGAAGUUGGAUCUCUUUCUUACAUCAUACACAAAAAUUAACUAAAAGUGGAUCAUAGACCUAAGUGUAUAAGCUAAAACAAAGCUCUUAGAAGAAAACAUAGGAGCAAAUCUUUGUGACCUUGGAUAAAGCAAAGGCUUCUUACAUAUGACACCAAAAGUACAAGCAACAAAAGGAAAAAAAUAGAUAAGUUGGACUUUAUUGAAAUGUAAAACAUCUGCUUUCCAAAUAAUUUCAUCAAGAAAGUGAAAAAAACCCCACAAAAUGAGAGAAAAUAUUAGUGGAGCAUGUAUCUGAUAAGGGACUUGUGUCCAGAAUAUAUAAAGAAUACUCACAACUCAAUAAUAAAAAGAUAAGUAACCCAAUUUAAAAAGAGGUAAAAGAUCUGAUUAAACAUUUCUCCAAAGCAGAUAUUUAAUGUCCAACUAGCACAUAAAAAUAUAAUCAACAUUAUUAGCAAUCAGGGAAAUGCAAAUCAAAACCACAAUGUGAUACCAUUUCACAUUCUCUAAGAUCUAUAAUCAAAAGGACAGAUAAUAACAAGGGUUGAUAAGGAUGUAGAGAAAUUGGAACCUUAAUACAUUGCUGGUGAGAAUGUGAAAUGGUGUAGCUAUUUUGGAAAACAGUUUGUCAUAAAAUUACCAUAUAACCCAGAAUCCCUCCCCCCCCCCACUCAGAUAUAUACCCAAGAGAAAUGAAAAGAUAUGUCUCCACAAAAACUUAUAUAUCAAUGUUCAUACCAGAAUUAUUCAUAAUAGCCAAAGGUUAGAAACAACCCAAAUGUCCUUCAUUUGAUGAAUGGAUAAAGAAAAUACAUUAUAUCCAUAUAAUGAAUGGACUAUAACUUAGCAAUAAAAAGGAAGAAAAUACUGAUACACGCUACAACACAGAUAAACUUUGCUAAGUUAAAAAUGUCUGUCACAAAAGACCACAUAUUUUAUGAUUCCAUUUAUAUGAAAUGUCCAGAACAGACAAAUCAAUAGAGGUAGAAAGCAGAUUCAUGGUUGCCAAAGGCCAGGAAAGGAAAAGAGAGAGGGAUUGUUCAUGGCUAUGGGGAUUCCUUUUGGUGUGGUCAGAAUGUUCUAGAAUUGAUUAUGGGCCUGAUUGCAUAGCUUUGUGAACAUAUUUUAAAAGCAUUUAAAUGAUUGAAUUGUAUAGUAUGUGAAUUACAUAUCAAUAAAGCUAUUUCAACAACAACAAAAAAUGAUCAGAGUGUUCCAAGCAGAGGGAACUGCAGAGGCAGAAAAAUAUGGUUCAUCAACCCAAGUAGUUUGGAAUGGUAGAAGUCAGGAGAGAAAUCAGAAAUAAGCAAAAUAAUGCUGGAGAGGUAGGGUAGCGCUGGAUCAGGAAAGGCUAUGUAUAUCAUACUAAGGAGUUUGGAUUUAUUCCUAAGGAAGAGGAACCAGUUGAAGGGCUUACACAGAGGGUGGAAAUGACUGGAUUUAUAUGGUACAAAAAUGUGUCUGGUCCCUAUGAGGAAAAUAGAUUGGAUGGGAUCCAGAGAUUAGAUUAACUUGCAGUAACCAGGCAAGUGGUAUAUCAAAGAGAUAUUUAGGAGAAAAAAUCAAUAGGACAUUGCUUAGAGGAAGUAACUUGACCUGACCUUGGAUUAGCAGCAGGCACUUAUUCACCUUUUGUAGGUACAGAGAGAGUGAUACUCCCUUUUACAGUGCCCAGUUAAUUAUUCAUAUUUUGAAGCCUUCACACAUUCACUUUAGGACUACACUCUAGACAGCGAUCUAUGAAAAUGAUCCAAAAUUCUUUCUACUGCUGACUUUCUCAGUGGCAUGAGGCCAACUCCUUAUAAGCUUAAAUUUCAAACUUUGCCAUCUAAAAAUAUAUAAUACGAAUACCUGAAUAUAAUGUUCUGGCUUCAGAAACUAAAGGAUUAAAGCUUUUCCUAAGGUGAAUUAGGAAAAGGAAAUUACACAAUCAGUGCUAGAAACUGGGUAGCUAAGCAGUUGUUUAAAAAUAAUUAUCCUGAAGAAUACAAAGAGCUUAAACAAAAAAGAUAGGUUUUAAAAAAUUCUUUCCCCAACUGAAAACAAAAUAAGGAAGAAAAGGGCUUAAACCAAACCAAGUGGUCCUACAGAAAAAUUCCUGAUAUGGAAAAUUAUUUAAUAGUGGAAUGAAUAACCAAAGCCAGUUGGGCAACUCUUUCUCCAGUCUUAAAGGAUAGAUUUUUAUAUCUCUGGAAAGGCUUUGGUGUAGCCCUGUCCAUCAGGAGUGGGGCCAGCAGCUCCUGGGCAGGACAGCAAGAACUUUAGUGAAGGAAUGCCCAGAAUCUUCCUUCACCCUUCUUAACAUUCGUCACAGUGUUCUAUAAAGAAAGUUCAGUGAGCUCUAAUGGUCUCUUUGCAUAAAGGGGCUCUGGAUAUAUUUCUGUAUGAAAACAGGAACAAAACUCCCUGCUCACCAGUAGAUUCCCUUAAGAUACCUACCUUCCACAUUGGAGACAAAACCUAAACUCCGCUUCAGAUCUGAGCAGAUAGAGUGGAGACACCAUCGGAAUUUUGCAUCACAGCGAUACUUGUUGGCACCACAGGUGUCAUAACAGACGUCCAGCUGGUUGCAGCACUUGGUCAUUGCUGGAAUGCCCAAAUCCAUCUGGAGAUAAGUGAAGGAAGAAAAGAGAAGGAAGAAAAUGCCACGUUUGGACCAAGGACCUUAGGCAACCUUGCCCACCUUGUUAUUAACAGGCCAGUUCUCAAAUUCCUGUUACACAUCAGAUCAAUUCAGAAAUACCAGUGACUUGAGAGAAUGCCUAAGGUUGACAGCUACAGGAUGUUGAGUUUCAAUUAUGGUUUGGUUAUUAGCUUAUUAAUUCUGAAUAGUCCAUUUUCUUCUUUUUCUUUUAGAUUUAGUAAUUUUCAAAUUCACAGGCCACUACAGGGAUGAAAAUAAACAUCAGAAGGUUAGUGAAGAGGGCAGAGCUGCAGGACUUCCAAAUUUAACUAAAACCUAUAUUAUGUGAGAUUUUAUUUGAGCAAAAGAUUCAAAGGCUCAGAAGUAUAAAAAAUCAAGGCUCAGUUCAUCAAGAGGUCACCAGCAUUUAUUAGAAACCCAUCCCAUACACUGUUUUAAAGGCAUGUGUCUUGUCUGUAUGUGUCAGGGAGCAGAGUGGGGUAUAGAACACAUGAUUCCUGACCACAAGGGGACUAUGGUUAAAUGUCAAUAUCUAACACACACACACAUAAAUGUAUUAAGCCUCCUAUAAACAUCUGUAAAUGUUGUGGCAUAAACUGAGUAACUUCAUAGAAUGCCACAUCUAGAGUUAGAUAACUCUACGUGUUUUUUUUUUUUAGAAAAUUAUUAGACAUGAGGGUAAAGAAAAGAGAUAAUGAGCAAAUCAUAUGUGAGCAAGUGAGUUUGUUUGGUGUUUCAAGGGUCUUAGCAAGAAUUUAUUUGUUUGUUAUUUUUUUAAUUAAGAAAGGUAAGUUGGUGGAUGGUUCUGACUUCCAAAGUACCUAGUAAGAUUUGAUAAAGACUCGAGCAAAGAAGGAACAUGAUAGAAUAAGUGAUUACAGAGAGUGAUCAUUCUGUGGUAUGUGAAAUAGUUUGGAACAGGGGCAUUUAGACUUUGGUAGAGCAUCUUAGAAUCUUUUGCAGUUCUUCUGAUAAUAUAAACUUGAACCCAAGUGGAAGGUGUGGAAAUAUGGUUUCACAGUAUGGGUGGAGAUUGAUUAACCAGCUAUUAUAGAUCUUUUCCACUUGGCUCUCCUUAAAUGCUCCCUUAUCUGAACUUUUGCUCCAAGACCACUUAAAACAGACUAUGGACUUUGGUAGUUUAAAAUGCCCUUCUGACAGGGCCCCCUGAGUGGCUCAGUUGGUUAAAUAUCCAACUCUUGAUCUCAGCUCACAUUUUGAUCUCAUGGUCUUGAGUUCAAGUCCCACGUUAGGCUUCAUGCUGGGCAUGAAGACUAAUAAAAAUAAAAUAGGGGCUCCUGGGUGGUUCGGUCGGUUGAGUGUCCAACUCUUGAUUUCAGCUCAGGUCAUGAUCUCACAGUUUGUGAGCUCAAGCCCCACAUCAGGCUCUGUGCUGUCACCUUGGAGCCUGCUUGGGAUUGUCUCUCCAUCUCUGUCUGCCCCUCCCCUGUUCAUGCUCUUUCUCAAAAUAAAUAAAUAAACGUUUUUAGAAAAAGCUCUUUAAAAAAAAA